CACUUCUUCACCCUCCUCGCGUGAUGCUCAUAUGAAUGUUCUUUCAGCAAAACACCUUCUGUUGUGGGUUAUUUUGGGAAGAUUCCGUAAACCAGAUGAAACAUGCAAGGCGGUAGAAGCGACGAGUUGUUAAUAGAAGACGGAGAAUCCUCGAUCGAGGACAGGCAAACGAACCUUCGACGUCAGUCUGGUGAGACACUUUCAUUGCAACCAGUGUUUCCUUGCAACAUCCAUGCGAUGUUAAAGUUUAAUGCUGGUCAAGAUUUAUGCUUAAUAUUGAACAUUGAGCUGCGUGUUAUAUAGUUAACUACUUUAUUGGGCGCUUAAGCUUCUCUGAAAGCUUCUCUGAUUUCACAGAAUCCCUAGUGACUUUUAUGUAUAGUGUUCUACUCAGUUAUUAUCGCAGCCGAUCAAUUUAAUUAAUGUUUUUGGUCCUGCUGACAACGAGUUUAAGUUAAUUACGUAAUGCGUGCUUUUUUCGGUAUUUUCAUUGUGUGCAGAGAGCAGAUGCUGUAAGAUUUCGCCUCAGAACCUUGUUUGUAUCAGCCAUGCAUUCUCUGCGUGGGUAAGUAAUUCGCUGAUUUGUUUUUGAUUUCCUGAUUCUCUUUUCGAGGGGGGCGUAAGGGGGGUCCGAAAACCGCAAAACCGCACAGAAAUACGCCAAAAACCGCAAACCGCAUCGGAUUUUUUCCCGAAUACCGAAACCGCGCGUACAUGUAGGCCACAAUAUGAAAACUGACGUUAGCAAGACUUGUGAUAUAUUCUGAUAACAUUGUGCGUUAGUAUUAAACAUAACAUCAUAACGCUAACUAUAUAUUGUACUACACUAUACUAUUAUCAAAUGCCAAGUAUGCUGGUCAUGUACUUGAACGAGUAUUGAUAUCUCCCUUGACUUUGAAAAACUCUGUCACUGAUCCUGUACGUCUUACAUUGGGUGACUGAUUACUUUGGACGACCCUGUGCUAGUUGUUGAACGCGGAACAAAUGUUUCUUCUGGAAUUGUGACCUUCUUGUCUCGUAAAGAGUUCACGUUCAGUGGAGAAGACGAUUGUUAAAACGUACAGCUCUUCUGAAAUUCUCCCCUUUCUUUCCUUCUUCAUAGAAGAUUGCCUCGCAAUAAAUUAUUACGUCCUCUUCGCUUUCAGUUGCGACCUCGACGACCUCAGUUGCCAUUGUCGCGCAUUGAAUCAAAGCAACGAGAACACGAGGCUGUACGGCUGUACGAGCUAACAUCCGGCAUGUAAUUUCACGAAGUCGACGCAUCAUUGGCCAAAACGGUUAAUCACAUUACCUAUUAACUGGAAAAGGCCGUAACUGCAAACCACAGAGUUAAAUUGUAUAAUGAACCCUGAUGCGUUGUAACACAAAACACUUGGCUCGCGCUUGCAAAACAACCGGAUGCCGACCGUUCUCAUACAUGCCAACCCUCCCGUUUUUUCCGGGAGUCUCCCGGAUACGACACCAAUCUCCCGGUCUCCCGUACGGGUCGCUUUAUCUCCUGGAUAAAAUCAUCUGUUGAGCUUUUCUGUGCCUUAGUUUGAAAUUUAGCCCAUUUUUAGCUCAAAACUUGAAUUUUUCUUAUUCGUAACUGUAGUACGGUUUCUGAGGCAUUUUACGCCUAUUUAGUCACUGACAAAGAUUAUUUCUGGCAUCAAAACGAUGAUCGCGAAUUUGGAUAGUAUCUACUUCAUGUAAGACUUGAUAUAAUGUCCUAAAUUUCCGGGGUAGGGGGCUAGUGAAAAGCAGAGAGUCUCCAGAUUUUAAAUCUUUAGAGGUUGGCAUCUCUGCGUUCUAAAGAGUGUUAUCACCACAGACACUUUUUUUUCACCGAAAACCGCGACCUAAAGGUUGUAAUAACCGCAAACCGCUUAGUGUUUUAAAACCGCAAUACCGCGAGUUAAAAUAAAAAUUACCGCCAAACCGCACCAAAAAUAACGCAAAACCGCAUCACCGCAAACCCUUACGCCCCCUCCUUUUCCUAUAACGCUGCAUUUACAUAAACUUGCACCUUAAAUUCCAAAAGGGGCAGUGUAAAAUGCAGACUGCGCACUGACUGUGGACUAUUGUUUUUAUGGUUAGAAAACAAUGGGACUAUUUUUGUCAUGUACUCAUUUGCAUGGUGAAAACAAUAGUCCACAGUCUGCAUUUUACACUGAUUGAUUCCAAAAUGGUGGCAAUAUCAUUUUUUCUGUCUUUGUCUCAAUUAGCACUCUUGAUAAUUCAGGAGAAUUUUGUUCCUGACGCGAAAUAUCAGCUUUGGAAGUUUGGGCAUGUGCAAAAUUCUCUUCUUCUUUUGCUUUUUUUUUUACUGUUCAUUUACUAUAGGCUUCAUUUCAGUGGGAGACGGUUUUGGGAAAACUUUUAGGAUCGCAGUAUUGGAUGGAAUUUAGUGCAGGUUGAUAGUAGAUGAAGAUUUUCAUUGGAAUUUUCUGGUCAAUUGUGCCUGAAUAUUUGAAAAGUUUCUAGGCCUUUCAAGAAACAGGCUCCUGUAUCUGCAUGGGCAGUUAUGAGUGGCUCAGAGGUGAUAGGUUAAGGUGGUAACAACAGUUCUGCAUUCAUAUUAUUAUUAUAUGAUGAUCAAUGCCAAGAAAUCCAGCUAACAAACAUACUGAAAAAGCCCUUUUAUAACAAAGUUAGCACUGAAGAUGAACAAAUGAUCGUCACAGUGAAAGCAAUUUAUGCAGUUGUGUAAAGAAGCCUGAAAAAAAUUCAGGACUUCAACGGGGUUUGAACCUGAGACUUCGCGAUCACCGGUGCGAUGCUCUACCAACUGAGCUAUGAAGCCACUGACAGUGGGAGCAGGUCAAUUGUGGGUUCAUAUAUUCCUGUGAAGGAAAUGAGUGUUACUGAUAUAUGAAAUAAAUCAUAUAUAAACUGCAGAAAUGAAAUGAAGAUGAAGAAAUGAUCAUCGCAGUGAACACAAUUUAUGCAAUUGCGUAAAGAAGCACUCUCCCCCUCCCCAAAUGGAUCAAUGCCAUGCACUUACACCUUUUUUCACUCAACAGUUUUUGGGGAGGGAAUUUGAGAAGAAGUAAUAUCCUAAAAAUACUAUGUACCAGUUUUAACUAGCAGAAUUAAAUAUUUCUGAAAAAACUUGGACUAUUGUCAUAAAAUUAAGAUUGACUAUGACUAGAACUUAACUUAAUUGCUUAAUGGUGGUUAAGAAUUUCAAGUAUGAAGUAAAGUGGAACUCAAUAAGUACAUCACUAAUGGGCCAAAAGAAUUGGCGGUAUUAACUGGUGAUGUAUUAAUGAGGGAUUUUCUUAGAAGAAAAUGUAUGGUCGUUUAGCCUCGCAGUAAGGAAAAAGUGGCCGUAACAAUGAGGUGACCGUAUUACCGAGGUGGCCGUAAGGCGGCAUUUCACAGACAUGAAGUUUUGAUGACAUGCUGAUGUACUGAUCAAUAAAUUAUUGUGUGAUACUGUAGGGUGAUCGCAUGUGGCAUUUUGCCAUUGGAUUAUACCUGGUUGAACUCACCCCAGGGUCCUUACGAUUGACAGCUAUCUAUCAACUUAUCAGUACCCUGUCUAUCAUUUUAUUUGGUCCUUUGGUAGGGGACUGGGUUGAUGCAAACCCACGACUGAAAGGUAAGCACCUCUUACUUUGGAACUGACAGAGUAAUAACUGACAGGGGCAUCCAAUGACCAAAUAUCCUCAGAUUUGUGAAACGUGUCUUGGAUGGUUUUCUCUAUGCUUUUGAAGUUUGUUUGGUUAAUAUGAGGUGCCCUAAAUUUUUUUUUAUCUAUUUGGAUGUCUCAGGGGAACUUUGGUCAUCUUGAAAUUUUUCGGUGACCGACUUUUUUGUCUCAUCUGAAACUGUUAGGUACCUUGGUGGGUCUGGUCAAAAGUUCAAGGACAUAGAGUAGUCUUACUUUCAUUAGAAAAUUUUAGGGGAGAUUUUUUGUCUCUGUAUUGAAAUUUUCAGGAGACCUUUCUUUUUUAACAAUGAUCGAAAAUCUGAAAAACGAAGGUAAGUCGUAGAAAAAGUUCGAAUAUCAAAGACAAAAUAAUAAUGCACUGAACAGUGGUGGGUGCUGAAGUGGCAAUCACCAAAGGGAUCUUAGCUUCAAGCCCUACUCUGACCAUGACUAGCUGGAACUGCUUUGAGCAUUUCAACACUUUGGGCAACCUAUUGAUUACCAGCUGGUACUCCCCCUGUUGAAUUCUUAAUGUUAUGUUUACUAGCAAUAGAGCUAUUUUUGUCUCACAUAACCCUUUAAAUGAUUAUGUAUGAAGAAAACAAAAACAUCAAAGGAACAAGAUUGUAGAAUUUGAUUGGUUUUACAGAAGAGAAACAAACAUGCACAGCUUUUGACUAGUUUAGCGAACACACCAACUUGGCAAGAAGAAACUGGGCUGCCGACUAAGCAAGUGAACAGUGCCUUUUCGAUCUUAGUGUUUUCUCUGGCAAGACAUAGAAGAGUCUUUGUUUUUAUUUUUCCAACUAUUGGCCGAGAAUGCAAAACAAGAAACGAACUUGGAAAUCAUUUUUUAUGCUAAAUGAAAAUUGUUCUAUUUGUCGACUUAUUAACAGCAACAAAAUGCAUCUGUCAGCCCUUUUGGACCUUUAGACUAUCAUAUACUUCAAAUAAUGAAAUCCCUACUCUUUCAUAUACCUGAGGCCUGAAAAAGAUACCCCUUUUGGGUGGAGCCCAUCCGUUCAGGCCAUUAUAGGGAGUACCCCCCCAAGUGAGAUGUAAAGGUCAGUUUUCUUUAUUUCAUUUCCGAACUUAGAUGAUUUUCUAUUUUGGUUUAGUUGCCCAGAUCUCAUUGGUCAUUCAAAAUCUUGCUGUGAUUGUCUGUGGAGUCUUGCUACUCAUAAUGUUGGAAUUAGAGCAACAUAUCCAGCAUCCGUUUGUUACUCUUCUUGAAGCUAUGAUCAUCAUCGUUGGUUCCAUAGCUGACUUGUCCAGUGUUGGUACAAAAAUCGCUGUCGAGAAGGACUGGGUUGUAGUGAUAGCUGGAUCAGAUAAAGCACUCCUUGCAAGUAGGUGGCUAGAGUAUUUCUAACCUUUGGGGGUGGGGGGGGGGGGGGUGUGGAGGAAACCUCUUUUUCCCUCUCCCACCCUACCCCAAGAGCUGAUACCAUAGUAAAUUCCACUUUGGUGUCCUUACCAAAUAUUUCUUGCAAAACUGAGUAGAAAAUUUGGCUGUGACUGCCUUUGAAUGUCUAGGCCAUCUAGAAAUCCAUGUUACUUUUUCUAAUCCCAACAAUGAUGUCAAAAUCCUCGCUCCGGAUUAUUGUGUUGUCAUCGUUAGUCUAUCCUUCCUUUGAACUUGACAUUGAAGAAGAUGAAAUACGCAAACCCUAGUUAAUCAAACAAGAAACUGAAUGAAUUGCUCUUUUUAGCUAAUUCCUAGUAUUUUGGAGUAAUCCUCAUUACACAGGGGGCGUUUAUUAAAAGGGGGCGUUUGAUACAAGUUUAACAGCGUAGAGGGGGCGUUUGUUUGAUGAGAGGCGUUUAUUUGAAAGUGGGUGUUUAUUUGGAAGUGGGCUUUUAGUAGGUCAUUUACCGCGGUAUUCACCGAAAAUCAGGCGUAAUGCUUGCAAAUUUUUUUUAUACUUUUGCAUUCUACUGUUUAAUAUCUGCAACUGAUUCAAAUGACCAAUGAAACGGUAACCUGUCAAUUCGCGCGAAAAGUCAUCUCGCACGAAACCGGAGUUAUGUGGCCUUAAAUUUUUAGUUAUGUCGCCCGAAUUCCUGAGUCAUGUCGCUCGAAGUUUUAUCAGGUGUAUUUCAUAGAGAAGUAAGUGGAAUAUAAUGUAAUGGGAUGUUAGGAUGUUGAGCAUUAACAAAAUGUUGAGCGAUAUAACUCAGCAUUUAGGGCCGACUUAACCAUAAAUUUGGGGUGUUAUUACUUCGACUUUUGGGCGACUUGACCGUAACCAACCUCAGAAGUUAAGUACGCUUCUUCUAAAGAGCUACUACAGUUUAUGUUUAACAAAUUAAAAUGCUCUUCCUUUUAGAGACAAAUUCCAUUUUACGAAGAAUCGAUCUUUGCUGUAAAAUCUUGGCACCUAUCCUUGUUGGCCAGAUAAUGACAUACAUCUCCAAGGUUGCUGGGGUCGUGCUUCUAGCGGGCUGGAACGUGGUUUCGGUCUUUCUGGAGUACUACCUUUUAUGGAAAGUGUUUCAGUCCGUGUCUGCGUUGUCCCAAAAGGUAUUCGAUACAAGGCAUAAAGAUGAGACGGAAGAAGGCUCCUCAGUCGACCUCAGCCAAGAGGAGCCACAGGGCUCUAGAGGGAGCCAGGAGUCGAUAGAAAAUGAUGACCCUGGUAGGGGCCAAAAUGGGACAGAGGCAUUGGUCUCUUCUGUUAACACCAGAGUUCGAACAGUCCAACGCAAACCAGGGAUCUUCAAGCGUUUUAAGAAAAGAAUUAUAACUUUCAAAAACGGCUGGAAUAUUUAUUUUAGGCAACCAGUAUCCCGUCCUGGUUUGGCCCUUGCCUCGUUGUAUUUUACGGUGAUAUCAUUUGGAGCCAUCACUACAGGUUAUGCAUAUACACAGUGCCUGAGCGAGUCCAUUCUUAGUAUUGUCCGAGGUGUUGGUUCGUUGUUUGGUGUCUUCGCAACCUUCGUUUUUCCGAUGCUGCGAAAUGCCGUUGGCGUUGUACGGUGUGGUUUAGUCUCAAUGUCGCUGCAGUUUUCCUGCCUUCUCUUGUGUGUCGCGGCAGUUUUCGCACCUGGAUCCCCAUUUUUUCUAUUGCCGCAGAGUUUAAGGGUAGACACUGUCACGCACCAAUGUACCGCGACCUUGUCAAGCUCCUCUCUGCCUCAGUGUGGCGAAGCUCAUCUUCCCACACCUAUGGUAACUCCGACGUUUCAAAGAAUGGUCAUGACCAAAGAGCUAGCAAAUACAUCAAUGUCUUCUGUACUUCCAUCAAGCUCGCGUGCCAUGCCAAGCUAUCAUACGGUGUAUGUGAACUCCACUGUAACUCCGACGUCAUCCCUUGUCAAGUCCUCAUUUGCAGUCUUCAUAAAUGCCUCCAAGACGUCAUCAACCUCAACCAUUUUCCCUACUGUAACCCCUACCCAAAGUUGCUCAAACGCGACAGAAGCCCCCACGUUUAGCAAAGCGUUCUCGUACGUUUCUAUCGCCCUGCUUUUAGCUGGUAUCGUCACGUCCCGCCUUGGCUUAUGGAUGUCAGAUCUCGCUAUCACGCAGCUUUUCCAGGAAACGGUACCUGAACAAGAGAGAGGAAUAGUUGCUGGUAUGCAGAAGUCUUUUAACUCUAUGCUAGGCUUGAUCAUGUUUGGUCUUGUUAUCGCUCUCCCCAAGCCGGAACACUUCGGGCUUUUAACUCUCAUGUCCGUUUGUGCAGUUGGUACCGGUGGGUUGUUAUAUUCCUCGUUCGCGUAUAAAAUUCGCGGUCAUCUGUUUCAUUUGGAAAAACUGCGAGUUUUCUGUGGAGGAUCUACUACUGACAACCAAACAGCUUCGAGAUUACAAGAUGAUCUGGAUCUUGAAGAUGACGAGGAAGAAGCCAUGAUAAGAGGAGCUCUUAGUACAAGGAAUGAAAACUUUAAAUAUUGAGGAGUUUGCAAGUUCUAAGGAAAGCAAGUUUCAAGCAGCAUAUAGCAACGUUAUGCCAGAAUGUGACGCAGUUACGAGCACUUUUCUCGUCGAUCGACCUUUUCCUGUCGAUUAAUCGAUCGAUUAGUUGCCUCUUUUAGGUCACAUUUAAGGGUUAUUGUGACCUGUGCGGCAGACCAUUGAAUGAAUGAAUGAAUGAAUGAACAAUUUUACUAUUGUGUCAAUCUUCUAGCUGGCUAUAUACAGCCUACUAAUCAGGGACACCAAAAGGGGAGGGGGAAGAGAAAUAGCGCGCGCGAGGAAAGAAAAAAGUCUUCCUUACUCUCUCGCGGGCCUAUUUCCCAUUUUCCUCUUCUCAGCGGUCACUCUGCACCCAAACAAUCAUAAGGUACCCUCCCUGGGGAAUCCGAGCGCUUGUUUUUGAUACAAUAAGUAUGUAAUAUUUUCUUUUGAUUUGAUAUCGACUUUCAUUUCCAAUCUUUGCGGUCUGGGACGACCACGUAAGUAGGGCCCUUACGUGUCUAGGUGGCAUUUAAUCUGGUUGACAAUUCCGCGUGGGUAUGAGCAUUUUACUUGAAACCCUAACCCCAUUUUAGCCCGGAAUAUGUUAUUUCUCCUUUUCUUUCUUCACCGAGGGAUCGUUUCUCUCAGGUCCUGAUAAUCGCCAGACCCGGAAGACUUUUAAAUGUUUGCCGUAUUUUAUAUUCAGAGGACUAGCGAGCGAGCAAGCUCUCCGGGGCGUCCCGGAGAGCUUGCUCGCAGGCUAUUAGAGGACUAGUUUUUAAACGUUUUGCUAAUGAUACUAAACAAUUAUUAGUUAGAGAGUUAGAACGCCCCAACAUUUUUUAGAUUGUAUUUUAAACCGCGCGAAAGUCGCUAUCGACUGAAACAUUUUGCUUGUGGUAGUCACAGUGAGCUAGUCCUGUCUCGUACCCAGACGUCUCUCCCUCCAUGAAAAUGUGCGCGCAAAGAAGGGCGGGAAGGAGGCUUCGCCUCCCUUCUUUACCCUUUGGCAUGUCCUUUGCGCUUCGUCACCAGUCACUCGCGUUUCGCGCUCGCCUCUAUGCGAAACCAAGCGAAAAACGAACCGCCUGAUGAGGAGGCUGAAGCUAGUCCUAAUUUGCACUUCUUUAGAUCAUUUUAAAAAAUGUGACUUUAAUUCACGAGGCCCCGUCCACGCGUAUCCGGAUAUUUUGAAAAUGGACAUUUUUUCCUCCGUUUUAGCCUUCUG